UGUACACGUUUUGUGAAGUUGUGGUUUGCACAUCAUAAUUUAUCUUUUAUUCCAGAGUUUCCAGAGUUUCCAGUCAUUAUAAGCAAUUAAGACAUGUCUACUCUGAAAUUUUGCGGUUUCAAGCCAAUGAUCUUUAGGAGGAAGUCGUAUACUUGUGAGUCAAUAAGAAGCUCUUCCACUCCCAAAAAGGCUUCAAAGGCUCAUCAUGAUGAUUGGAAGGGAGGAGAAUCAAUGGAGUGGUCAUUUGUUGGUGGAGAUCAAUUGAUUUUAAUGAUGGAGGUCCAUAAGAAGAUCUUUGUCUUCAGGGACAUCAUGGACCUUUCUCCUUUGCACACUUCUGCUUCCUUAAGUCAGAUGGUUAUUACAACUGUGGAAGAUCUGCAAAGGCUUUACCCUGGGAUCAUACCAAGCAAAAGAGUGUCAAAUAUUGACAACUCAAUAGAUCAGGAUCUGGCCUACUUCUGUGAGGCUUUGAAGUCUCUUGGAGAGUCAUGGAUAAUGAACAAUGAUAGUCUGGACAGAAGCAAUUACAACUUACCAUCAUGCAAGGAUAAUACCAAUAUGCAACAACUCGGUGAAACUAUGUUGGCUACACUUGAUUGUUUGAUUAAGAUUGCAAAUGAUAAGUUUGAUAUCAUGGAAGAGGAUAGUCCAAAGAAAGGAUUCAGCUCAUUUGCAAAAUCCUCCUUUACAGAUAGCAGCUUCCUUUGCCCCUCUUCUCCAAUCACACCAAAAUCUGUCCUUCCAGAAACAAUGAAACACAGUCCAAGAUCUUCUUGCACCCCAACACUCAGGUCUCUCAGAGUUCAAGCUGUGGGAAAGCUCAACCCAAUUGAUUUAAAGCGCUUAGCUUUCCACAUGUCACCGCCACGCAUGGAAACUCAUGAUCAUAAAAUAGAGAAGGAACCAGCCAUAGACAAUGAAAUGGAUCUCAAUGCUAGAAAUUCUGGAAAGGAUACAUCAGAGGAUCUAGUUUUUGACUUGGACACAAAAGAGGAAUCAAAGAAAACAACUAGUCAUCAUUUAGAAACAUAUAAACCAUUGCAAACACCUACACAAUCAUCUCCACCUCCUCAAUUAACACCAAUGCCACCACCUCCACCCCCACCCCUUUCCACACCAUACAUGAUACUUCCAAAUGUGACAAUGCCAGCACCACCACCACCACCACCUCCACCGCCAACACUGUCUCCAAGCUCAAGCAGUACUGCAGUACCACCUCCACCUCCACCAUUCAUUCCUCUGAAAGCUGGAUCACCACCACCACCUCCACCACCCAUGUCCUUGAAACCCGGAUCAGCUCCAGCACCACCACCACCGAUGCUAUGUGGAAAUGGAGCUGCUGCCCCACCACCACCUCCACUUGGAGCAGGGAGAGCCUUGCGGCCCAAAGCAACUACUAAACUGAAAAGGUCAACACAAUUAGGCAACCUGUACCGAACUCUCAAGGUGAAAGUAGAAGGAUCUAGCCUCAGAGGCAAAUCAUCCAAUGGGAGAACAAGUGCAAUUGGUGCAGGAAAAACUGGAGGAAAACAAGGAAUGGCUGAUGCUCUAGCAGAGAUGACAAAAAGAUCAUCAUACUUUCAACAAAUAGAAGCAGAUGUUCAAAAGUACACAAAACAGAUCAUAGAACUGAGAUCUUCUAUUACCAAUUUUAAGACAAAGGACAUGACAGAGUUGAUCAAGUUCCACAAAGAUGCUGAGUCCGUUCUUGAGAAUUUAACAGAUGAAUCACAAGUCCUAUCACGGUUUGAAGGUUUCCCCUCAAAGAAGCUAGAAGCUAUAAGAAUGGCAGCAUCACUAUACCAUAAAUUGGAUUCAAUACAUAUUGAGCUUCAAAAUUGGAACAUAGUGGCUCCCGUGGGUCAGCUCCUUGACAAGAUUGAACGCUAUUUCAACAAGAUCAAAACAGAAUUAGAUACUUUGGAGCGAACAAAAGAUGAAGAGUCCAAGAAAUUCAAGGGCCACAACAUCGAAUUUGACUUCUACAUUCUUGUUAAAAUUAAAGAAGCAAUGGUGGAUGUUUCUUCCAAUUGCAUGGAGUUAGCACUAAAGGUUUCAAGGUCAAACAGUGCUAGUGAUGGGAAAAGAAAAGGAUGUGAUGGCAAGUUGCUUUGGAGGGCUUUCCAAUUCGCAUUUCGGGUGUAUACAUUUGCUGGUGGACAUGAUGAUCGUGCUGACAAGUUGACAAGAGAACUGGCUAAGGAAAUUGAGAGUGACCCCAAUCACCCAUGAAUAUGAUCUUGCACAAGCUUUCUUGCGAGUAAAGAUAUAAGCUUGUGAGCUGAUGACAUGCUUGAUCUAUAAUAUAUUUAAGAAGUGAAAAUUUGACAUGGUGACCCCAAUCACCCAUGAAUAUAUUAGUCUUUUGAUGAAAAAUGAUGUUUAGUAUGAGAGGAGUGUUCUCUCUCUAAAUAUACCACUUGACAUGAAUUUUUGUUUAAGUUUUACAUGAAAGAUUGCACUUGAGAUCACAUUUACAUGCAA